CAGAUUGAGGCGUUCAAGCAGAGAGUUAUCAUGGAUCCGAGAUAUGCUGAUCAUACUUGGAACGUUCUGGAACAUGCAAUUCAUGAGAUAUAUAAUCAGAACGCUAGUACUCUCAGUUUUGAAGAGCUUUACAUGAAUGCUUACAAUAUGGUUCUUCACAAAUUUGGUGAGAAGCUCUACUCUGGGUUGGUUGCCACCAUGACUUUUCAUCUCAAAGAGAUAGCCAGAUCUGUUGAAGCCAUUCAAGGAAUUUCCUUUCUGGAAGAACUCAACAGAAAAUGGAUUGAUCAUAAUAAGGCGUUAGAAAUGAUUAGAGACAUUCUGAUGUACAUGGACCGGACUUAUACAACAAUUACCCAGAAGCCCAGAGUUUAUGCACUUGGCCUGAACCUGUGGAGAGAAAAUGUUAUUCAUUCCAACCAGAUAAGGUCUCGACUGUUGAGUAUGCUUUUGGAUUUAGUAUACAGUGAGCGUGUUGGGGAUGUUGUUAAUAGAGGACUGAUAAGGAAUAUAACAUUGAUGCUGAUGGAUUUAGGUCCUGUUUAUAGACAAGAAUUUGAGACUCAUUUUCUGCAAGUUUCAGCUGAUUUCUACAGGUUUGAGUCCCAGAAAUAUAUGGAGUGUUGUGAUUGCGGGGAUUAUCUCAAGAAAGCUGAGAGGCGCCUGGAUGAGGAAAUGGAUAGAGUGAACCAUUACUUGGACCCGAGGACUGAAAAGAAGAUUACUAAUGUGGUGGAGAAGGAGAUGAUUGAAAAUCACAUGCUGAGAUUAAUCCACAUGGAAAACUCUGGCUUAGUUAACAUGCUUUGUGAUGAUAAAUAUGAAGAUUUGGGGAGAAUGUAUAACUUGUUCGGUCGUGUUAAUGAUGGUCUCCCGAAUAUAAUUGAAGUGAUGAUUUCACACAUGAGAGAAUCCGGUAAACAGCUUGUGACUGAUCCAGAAAGGUUGAAGGAUCCUAUUGAAUUUGUGCAGAGGCUCUUGGAUGAGAGGGAAAAAUACGACAAGAUUAUAAACAUGGCGUUUAGUAAUGACAAGUUGUUCCGAGAUGCUUUGAAUUUAUCAUUUAAAUAUUUCAUUAACUUGAACCCCCGUUCUCCAGAGCUCAUUUCACUAUUUGUAGAUGAUAAGUUUCGAAAGGGUCUACAGGGAGUUAGCGAGGGUGAUAUAGAGGUUACUCUUGACAAAGUGAUGAUCCUAUUCCGGUACUUGGAUGAAAAAGAUGUGUUUGAGAAGUAUUACAAACAGCAUCUGGCAAAGCGACUUUUGUCUGGAAAAACAGUUUCUAAUGAUGCUGAAAGGAGUUUCGUAGUCAAGCUCAAAACAGAAUGUGGAUUCCAAUUUUCCUCAAAAUUAGAGGGCAUGUUUACUGACAUGAAAACCAGUUUAGACACAAUGCAAGGCUUUUAUGCCCGCCACCCUGAGUUAGGUGAUGGUCCUACACUUACUGUGCAGAUUCUAACGACAGGGUCUUGGCCAUCUCUUGCUAGUGUGGCAUGUAACCUUCCGGUGGAAAUGUUGGAACUUUGCGAGAAAUUUGAGUCAUAUUACCUCGGCAUUCAUACUGGCAGGAGGUUGACAUGGCAAACUAAUAUGGGCACAGCAGACUUAAAAGCUACUUUCGGGAAAGGUCAGAGACACGAGUUAAAUGUCUCCACCUAUCAAAUGUGUGUUCUCAUGCUGUUUAAUGAUGCUGAUAGAUUAAGCUACAAGGAAAUUGAGCAGGCAACUGAGAUUCCAACUUCAGAUUUGAAGAGGUGUCUGCAAUCUUUGGCUUUGGUUAAGGAAAGAAAUGUCCUUAGGAAGGAGCCUAUGACCAAAGAUGUCAGUGAGGAUGAUGCAUUCUUUUUUAAUGACAACUUCAGUAGCAAACUGUAUAAGGUAAAAAUAGGAACUGUUGUUGCAACAAAGGAAUCGGAACCAGAGAAACUGGAAACUCGACAAAAAGUACAAGAGGACCGGAAGUUGCAAAUUGACUCAGUAAUAGUAAGGAUUAUGAAAGCUAGGAAGCAGCUUGAUCAUAACAAUCUUAUAGCUGAGGUCACAAAGCUGUUACAGCCGCGAUUCCUCGCAAAUUUAACCGAUGUGAAGAAACGGAUUGAGUCUCUUAUUGAGAGGGAAUUUAUGGAGAGAGAUAAUAGAGACAGAAAACUGUAUAGGUAUCUUGCAUAGAAUUGGUAAGCUUGUUUGUUUCGGUGAGGUUAAAUACAAAUGUUUUAUCAUGUGAAAAUGGUGAAAAAUGACGUUUUAACUGUUCCAUUGAUUCUUAUUGAAUACCACUUUGCUGUUCCAGUUGGGCAUGCUUUUUGUACAUCACCUAUCAGAUUAAUGUCCUGCUUCCACUAUAAUUUGUUCGGCCGUGUUACUGAUGGUCUCUCGAAAAUAUGUGAAGUGAUGACUUCACACAUUCGAGAGCCUGUUAAAAAACUUGGUAUUGAUCCAGAAAGAUUGAAGGAUCAUGCUGAAUUUGAGCAGGGGCUCUUGGAUGCGAAAAAUAAAUACGUAAAGAUUAUAAAAUUGGCAUUUAGCAAUGACGAAUUGUUCCAGAAUGCUUUGAAUUCUUCAUUUGAAUUUUUCGGUAUAGAGGAAGAAGGAAAGUUCCAGAUUGAUGCAACAAUAGUCCAUGAAGCAACUUGAUAAUGCAUUUGCCUCCCCUACACUCUUUUCUGUUUAUUUAUGCAGUUUGUGUUUGUAUGUCAUACUUAUUAGUCAAACAAAAAAUGGCUGGAGUCAUUGAGGUUGUUUAAUGUGGAAACAAGCUUUGGUUACAGACAAAGUCAUUCCUAGAAACUUGCUUAUACAUGAAAGUAAUUUGUUUAUUGGAGUGUUUGUAUAUUUAUAAUUAUUAGCCAUGUAGAAAAUGGAUGGACUCGUUGAGUUGGUUCAAUGUGGAAACAAAGGUCUGUUUACAGACAGUGUCAUUGUUCCUUAAAACUUCUUUA